AUGUGCGCCUUACCCAUCGUUCUCGGGCACGAAGUUGCCGGAGUCAUUGUCCAAGUCGGUGAAUCGGAGGCUCACACAUUCCGGGUUGGGGACCGUGUGGCCGUCGCCUGUACGGGACACCCCAUUGAGGAACGCAAUUUCCAAGAGGCCAUCGGAGUCGGUCGUGAUGGGGGUUACGCCGAAUACACGGUAGCCCCAAUAAAGAAUCUGGUUCAUCUUCCGGAUUCGGUCAGCUUCGCUAAAGCCGCCGUGGCUACUGACUCGAUCGCUACUGCAUACCACGCAGUCGUUUCUGAAGGCCGUGUGGGAGAUUCCUCUACGGUUGCAGUUCUCGGAUUAGGGGGCCUGGGGCUCAAUGGUGUUGCCAUUGCUGCUCUUCGUGGUGCGAAAGUAUAUGGAGUGGACAUCAACACCUCCAAGUUUAGCCAAGCGAGGGAGCUUGGUGCCAUCGACUGUGCGAGAAGCUUGGAACACUUUUCGAAGGAAAAGUUCGACGUUGUCAUCGAUUUUGCAGGUGCCCAACAAACUAUCAGAGCGGCCAUGUCGACGGUCCGGCCAGGAGGUACAGUUGUGGUCGUAGGGCUUGCAGCUGAGACCCUCCAGUUUACGACAACAGACCUUGUCACGAAAAAUAUUGCAUUGAGGGGAUCGACCAGCGCGAGCCUGGAAGAGUUUCGUCAAGUGGUUCUGUUACUGGAGUCAGGAGCUUUGAAACCACAGAUCAAGCAGAUCCCCUUCGACGAUGUGCCCAAUGGUCUCGAAAUGCUUGGAAGUGGGCAGGUAGCUGGUCGCUUGUAUGUAGUUCCGUCGGACGCUGAGGCAAGCUAG